AUGAAAAACCAGAGAAAUAUCUCAGAAUUUAUUCUUCUGGGACUUUCUGAUGCCCAGAACAUAUAAAUAUUUUGCUUUGUGCUCUUUUUGUUCUGUUAUUAUGUCCUAAUGAUAGGAAGUCUUCUGAUUUUUAUCUCCAUUCUGUCCAGUCCUCUUUUUCACCAACCAAUGUACUUUAUUCUCAUUUAUUUAUCCUCUAUAGAUAUUUGGUAUACCUCUAGCAUUGUACCCAAACUGAUUGGCAGCCUGUUAGGAGGGUCAAAAACUAUUUCCUAUGGUAAUUGCAUGUUACAGAUCUUUACCAUGCACUUAUUUAGCAGUAUUGAGGGCUUUAUUCUUACCGCCAUGGCUUCUGAUCGCUAUGUUGCCAUCUGUACAGCUUUUCACUACAAGACUGUAAUGAACGGGACAAGGUGCAAUCUCUUAGUCCUGACUGCUUGGGCUGGUGGGGGUGUUCAUUCCUUUCCUCAGUUAUCUAUGGCAAUCCAGUUGCCCUUCUGUGGUACUAAGGAAAUUAAUCACUAUUUUUGUGCUAUCUUCCCUUUGCUGAAAGUUGCUUGUACUGAUACCUAUGUUAUGGGUGUCCUUGUGGUUGCCAAUCCAGGUGUGCUUGUCUCACUUACCUUCUUAGUCUUAUUUGUUACUUAUGUCAUUAUAUUAUUCACUUUAAGAUACCAAUCGGCAGAGGGAAGACGGAAAGUUCUCUCCACUUUUGGUUCUCAUGUCACAGUGGUCAUCUUAUUUUUCGGACCUGCAAUAUUUGGGUACCUUAGACCUCCUACCACUUUCCCUGGAGAUAAAGUAGCUCUACUGUUUUAUACCAUUACUGAUCCUAUGUUCAAUCCCCUAAUUUAUACACUGAGAAACACAGAGAUGAAAAACAGUAUGAGAAAAAUUUGGUGUCAAACUUUGUUUUUAAAGGAAGUGUAA